CAAUCGAUGUGCUCGGCCUUCAGUCAGGUCAUUCAUCAAACAGAUUUGUUCCAAUUCACAAGCCGAUUCUUCUUGCUUCGGCUACAUUUUCUCCCUGCCGUUUCCUGCAUACAACGCGCACCAUCACACAUUUCAGUCUCGCUUCUCCGCCUCUCCGCCUCUCCGCCUCUCCAUUUCCUUCUCAUCUCAUCGCGAAACAGAACUUGAAAGAAACAGAAAAAAUGCACCGAUCGGUGAGCUGGAACCGAUUCUCCGAUGAAUACUACUCGUCCUCCUCCCCGUUGCCGGCGCUGUCAUCGACGCCAGGCCAGGCGUUGCGAUUAUCAUUUGACGGAAAUGAGCAGCCGACGAGUUAUCCAGCGGAUGAGAUAGUGAAGCGAGAGAAGGCGCGAGUCAAGUUCGCCGCAACUGCUGUUCAUGUGAUUCCUCUCGUUUUGGUUCUCUGCGCCAUUCUUCUGUGGUUCUUCUCCAAUCCAGAAAUAGAUGUGGGGAUGAGAUGGGAUCCAAUGGCAGCAACAAUUGAAGGAUUGAACGUUGAGGGGGAAAUUGAGAGGGAAUUUGGUGGUGCCCAAAACGAAGCUCUCCCAAUCUUGGACUCAACUCCCUCUACCCUCAAAAUCAAGAGGCUCCAUUAACCUCGUAUCAAACAUUACGAUACUACCUACUUAUUAU